CCUGCUGUUCGUCCAGUCAUUGGGAGCGGUGUAGCUCCUCCUCCUCCGCUCCACCAUCAUCGUUUCGUUUUCACUGCGGGACGUUUUUUUUCCGUAAACACUGACAGUGGAGCUUUAAUGUCCGACGAAACUCCUGACCUGUGUUAUAAGAAGCGGCUCUGGAGUGUCCUCACAGGGAAGUGGCUCUUCUGACUGGAUCAGUCAUUAGUGAAGGCAGGGAGACCAUGUGGGAGUCACAUGCAUGCAGAAGAUGAGCAGAACGGAUGCCAGGAGCACAGCCCCGGUCUGAGUGUGUUACACCAUGAACAUCACCACACAGCCCCCUCACACCAUCAGCGGAGACGCGGCCGUCAGCUACGUGCUGGUCCCCUUCUUCCUCAUCACUGCCCUCGGGAUCGUUGCAGCAGUGGUGAUGUACAUAAGGAGGAAGCGGAGGAUUGAUAGACUGCGGCAUCAGCUGCUUCCAGUUUACACUUACGACCCGACCGAAGAGCUGAACGAGGCAGAACAGGAAAUCCUUUGGAAAGAGGAAGACACAAAGGCGGUCCAGGGUUGGAUGAGGACCUAUCAGCAGCGCAGACCCCUGCUCUCGAAGGAUCCUGAUGCAUGAAAAUCAGCUUCUGGUGAUUCUGCACAUCAUCUGUGAACCUGGUCAAUAACUCAACACUGUCUCGUCCUCCUGUACUGCAGAUUCCCAAGAUAGACAUUUUUGAGCAAUAAGAUACUGUUUUUUUCCUCUGUUUGAAGCGUUAAGUCUGGAAGAGCUUUAGGGACAGGAAGUGAUGGGAUCGUAUUGUUCACCUCAGGUCUCUUCUCACAAAUAUGGUCCAGCUGAAGCAGUCUGAAUAGCAAGACUGAAGAAAGAUGUCAAUACGCCACUGUGUUACAGUUUUUUAUUUAUUUUAGCUGUUUGUAUUCUGCUGAUGAAAUCCUCGCGAGAGCAGUUUGUUUUCCGGAGCGUGCAUGAAUGUGAUCUCAAGUACUCUUUUAUUUCUCAUUCUCCAUGUAAACUAGUUUGUCAGGUGACUCUCCUUGACGUUUCCUGAAUGCACUGGGAAUGUCCUCAUGAGAAACUAAAGGGUUAAACAGACACCACAUCAUUAACUCUCAUGUUGUUCAAAACCGUUAUGUAAGAAACACUGGAAGCAAGUGAAUUUAAUGAUACAGAAGAAGAAAAAACCGGGACAUUUUUGUGAAAUCUCUUAUGUUCCACAUAAGAAAACAGUUACAAGUUUAGAGAUUAUGGUAAAUGAUGACACCAUUUUCAUUUCUGGGUGAACUAUCCCUUUAAAGCCAGCCUGAAAUCAAAAUUCACCCUGGAUAUUGUUUCCUAAAUGUAUGUUAUAGAUGUCGUUGUGAAAAAUGUAUCCAUCCUUAUUUUACAAUAAGCCAUUGGUGAAUGUGUAAAUAAAUAAGGAGAAGAGUAA